AUUCCCUCCGCUUUUCUUCACUACCUCUCUCUAACCCCGAAGAAUAACAGUCCGUAGAAAACAGAAUUUGGGGAAGAUUGUCAGACUGCAGAGCUUGGGCGAACUAUUAGCAUAAAAGUUGAGAAUAAUUUCGUUCUUGAAGAUAAGGUUUCUAUAAAUUAUAUAUACUACUUUUAGCAGGGUGGCCAUCAUCCAAAUUGGUGCUAAGAAUGGUUUCUGAAUUGAUUAAUGCUAAUCCCAUUGUUUAUGAGAAGAAGGAGCGCCGAGCUCCUCGAAGUACAUUGAUUGAUGUGGAUGAAUAUGCGGUAGAGCCAAUCGACCAACAAGAAAUAUUUGAUCAUCUUAGAGACAUAAAAGAUCCAGAGCAUCCUUAUUCUUUAGAAGAGCUGAAAGUUAUUACAGAAGAUGCCAUUGAAAUAGAUGACAAGCGAAACCAUGUCACUGUCACAUUCACCCCAACCGUUGAGCAUUGCAGUAUGGCAACCGUCAUAGGCUUAUGCCUGCGAGUCAAACUCAUGCGCUGCCUGCCUUCUCGUUAUAAAGUUGAUAUUAGAGUUGCACCAGGAAGUCACGCCACGGAAGCUGCAGUAAAUAAACAAUUGAACGACAAAGAACGAGUUGCUGCAGCUUUGGAAAAUCCCAACCUCGUGGACAUGGUUAACGAAUGCCUCGCUCCAUCUUAUGAACCGUGAAGGGUAGGUUCUGCGCGAUUAUUCUCAAGAUCGCUUCCAGGGCUCCAUAAAAUUCCCUAUAGUUUCUGUAGCCUGCUGAGUUUUAGUGGAUUAUUGCUUGUUCUUCCUUUCCUUUAUAUGAUGCUAUGCUUUUACAGCUCUCUUGAUUCUUUCAGUUCAUUAACUUAAUAACUUCAGUAAAUGUUGCCAGGAUGUUAUUAA